GACUUUGCCAGUUCAGCAAACGUCAAAAAUUGACACUGACUAAAUAAAGUGACAGUUUAGCGUUAUGAUGAAAACAUUGCAGAUAUUUCCACAAAUUCCACAAUAAUCUUCUUUAAUUAAUAAACUAGUGUUUAUUUAAAUAAUUGAGAAUUUAUUAAUUCAAAAUGAAUGUGAUACAAGCUGUUAAACUAUACAUUACUAGGAUGACGGAGGAGAGUGGUCCAGGAAUGAAAGUGAUUCUUAUGGACAAGGAAACGACAAGCAUUGUCAGCAUGGUAUUCAGCCAGUCUGAAAUAUUGCAAAAAGAGGUUUAUCUAUUUGAGAGGAUUGAUAGCCAUUCAAAAUGGGACAAUAUGAAACAUAUGAAAUGCAUUGUUUUUGUGAGACCUACAUCUGAAAAUAUUUCACUAUUGUCUCGGGAACUAAGGUACCCAAAGUAUGGAGUGUAUUUUAUAUAUUUCAGCAAUGUAAUAUCUAAAGCUGACAUAAAGACAUUGGCGGAGUGUGACGAGCAGGAGACGGUGAGAGAGGUCCAGGAAGUGUUUGCUGACUACCUUGCUGUAGAUCGACACCUUUUCUCAUUCAAUAUUGUUGGAUGCUUGCAAGGUCGUUCUUGGAACCCGCACCACUUGCAGCGCUGUGCUCAAGGCUUGCUUGCCUUGCUGCUAUCAGUGAAGAGACGCGCCGUGGUCCGCUAUGAGGCUGCUUCGGAGCCCUGCGCCCGCCUUGCUGAGAGAGUAAGGGACCUCCUUCGUAGGGAGGCAGUACUCAUCGAUAACAAUAUACCGUUCAACGGAGAGAUACCAACUCCCCAGCUGUUGAUUAUUGAUAGAAGAGAUGAUCCCGUUACGCCAUUGUUGAAUCAGUGGACGUACCAGGCGAUGGUUCAUGAGCUGCUGACGAUCAACAACAACCGUGUCAGUCUGGCACACCUUCCCGACGUGCACAAGGACUUCAAGGAGGUCGUACUCUCCUCGGAACAGGACGAGUUCUAUGCCAAGAACCUGUACUCGAACUUCGGUGAAAUCGGUCAAACGAUGAAAUCACUAAUGGACGAGUUUCAGAAGAAAGCCAAGAGUCAUCAGAAAGUUGAGAGCAUCGCUGACAUGAAGAACUUUGUGGAAACCUAUCCUUUGUUCAAGAAAAUGUCAGGUACAGUGACCAAACACGUGACAGUAGUGGGCGAGCUGUCAUCGUGCGUGACGCGCCACAACCUGCUCGAAGUCUCCGAGCUGGAGCAGGAGAUCUCCUGCCAGAGCGACCACUCCAAGCAUCUGCAGCGCCUUAAGAACCUAAUAUCAAAUGAAGCGGUGCGUCACCAUGAUGCGGCGAAACUAGUCGCAUUAUACGCCCUGCGAUAUGAGAAACACGCGAGCAACGCAUUACCCUCCCUCAUAGAGGCUCUGAAGACCAGAGGAGUGCCUGAAAACCUCGUGAAGGCAGUUGUUAACCUGCUGGAGUACGGAGGUGCCCAUGCAAGGCAGAGCGAUCUGUUUGGACUGCAAGAUGCUGUUAAGAUUACCAAGAGGCUUUUCAAGGGUCUGAGCGGCGUAGAAAACAUCUACACACAGCACACACCCUUACUAAAAGACACUUUAGAAGAUUUAAUUAAGGGAAAGCUGCGAGAGAAUCUAUACCCGACGCUAGGCGGCGACGAUGGGGCAUACGGUCGGAGACCACAAGACAUAUUCGUGUUCAUCGUAGGGGGCGCCACUUACGAAGAGGCCCAAUGCGUCCACCAGAUCAACCAGACGUACCCGGGAGUCAGGAUAGUCCUUGGUGGUACUACAAUACAUAAUUCCACUUCGUUCUUUGAGGAGGUGAAGGCAGCUAUGCAAGGCGUCCAUAGAACACAUACUAGGCAUAUUCGAAACGUUUGAAUUACGUUUUCAUUAAAAUAAAUGGUUUGAAAAGUUAUCGGUACCUGAAGAUUUCUUAGGGCUGAUUCUUCAAUAGUCAGAUAAAUGAUAUCUGAGGAAUUAAAUUGUUG